CAAAUCGCUUUAUCCAUUUCCAGAGCGAGAUUUUUGCAUUUUUGGGGGUGCUCAAAAUGUCUCUCGCCUCCCUCAAUGCUCCAUUUCCCUCCAAUUUCUACCAGCCACUCCGCCGUCGGUCCGCCGGAGUUUUCCCCCUCCGGUGCUCAACCUCGGCGCCGGAGAAGAAGCCGAGGAGGAGGAGGAAGCAGAAGAAGAGAGGUGACGACGAUUCUUCCCUUUCCUCCUCUUCCGCUGGCGAUGCUGUCUCGGCAUUGGAGAGGAGUCUCCGCCUCACAUUUAUGGAUGAGCUCAUGGAGCGAGCCAGGAUCCGAGACGCCGUUGGUGCGUCGGAGGUCAUCUAUGACAUGGUCGCGGCUGGGCUCAGUCCUGGACCUCGAUCCUUUCAUGGUCUGGUCGUGGCACACGCGUUGAACGGCGACGAGGAAGGCGCGAUGCACUCCCUGAGAAAGGAGCUAUGUGCAGGCGUGCGUCCUCUUCCUGAAACGAUGGUUGCCUUGGUUAGAUUAUUUGGCUCUAAAGGGAAUGCUACUCGAGGCUUAGAAAUCCUUGCUGCUAUGGAAAAGCUCAACUAUGAUAUCCGUCAAGCUUGGCUAAUUCUUGUUGAGGAGCUCAUGAGGACCAACCACUUGGUAGAUGCGAAUAAUGUGUUUUUGAAGGGUGCCAGAGCUGGGUUGAGGGCCACUGAUCGGAUAUAUGAUCUUAUGAUUGAGGAAGAUUGCAAAGCUGGAGAUCAUUCAAACGCCUUAGACAUUGCGUACGAAAUGGAGGCGGCUGGUAGAAUGGCAACAACAUUUCAUUUCAAUUGUCUUCUUAGUGUUCAGGCUACAUGUGGAAUUCCCGAGAUAGCUUUUUCAACAUUUGAGAAUAUGGAGUACGGAGAAGAUUUUAUGAAGCCUGAUACUGAGACGUAUAACUGGGUGAUCCAAGCCUAUACUAGGGCCGAGUCUUAUGAUAGGGUUCAAGAUGUCGCUGAAUUACUUGGUAUGAUGGUUGAGGACCACAAACGAUUGCAGCCAAAUGUGAAGACUUAUGCGCUCUUAGUGGAGUGCUUUACCAAGUAUUGUGUUGUGAGGGAAGCGAUUAGACAUUUUCGUGGUCUCAAAAACUUUGAAGGAGGGACAAAAGUUUUACACUGUGAGGGAAGUUUUGGUGACCCUCUCUCUUUAUAUCUCCGGGCUUUAUGUCGAGAAGGAAGAAUUGUUGAGCUGAUAGAAGCUUUAGACACAAUGCGCAAAGAUAACCAACCUAUACCACCAAGAGCCAUGAUCUUGAGCAGGAAAUAUCGGACACUAGUCAGCUCAUGGAUUGAACCAUUGCAAGAAGAAGCUGAACUUGGUUAUGAGAUUGAUUACGUAGCAAGGUACAUAGCAGAAGGAGGACUUACUGGUGAACGCAAACGUUGGGUGCCUCGCAGAGGAAAAACCCCCUUAGAUCCAGAUGCUUCUGGAUUUAUAUACUCAAAUCCUAUGGAGACAUCGUUCAAACAGAGAUGCCUUGAAGAAUCAAGAAUUCACCAUAGGAAGCUCUUAAGAACCUUACUGAAUGAAGGUCCUAUAGUCUUAGGAGAUGCUACAGAAUCUGAUUACCUGAGAGUAGUGGAGAGAUUACGGAAAAUAAUAAAAGGUCCUGAACAGAACGUUUUGAAGCCCAAAGCUGCAAGCAAGAUGAUUGUAUCAGAGUUAAAGGAAGAAUUAGAAGCCCAGGGUUUACCAAUUGAUGGUACAAGAAAUGUUCUUUACCAGCGUGUUCAAAAAGCAAGGAGAAUCAACAAAUCUCGCGGCCGACCUCUUUGGGUUCCUCCUGUUGAAGAAGAAGAAGAGGAGAUUGAUGAAGAACUGGAUGCAUUGAUAUCUCGGAUUAAGCUGGAAGAAGGAAACACAGAAUUUUGGAAGCGGCGGUUUCUCGGAGAAGGCUAUAUUCAACCUUCAGCUGAACCAAAAGAGACAGUUGAAUCUGUAGCUACGGAUGAGUUAGAGCAUGCGAACGUGACAGAGGUUGUUGCUGAAGAUGCUGAAGCUGACGAUGAUGAGGGGGAGGAGGAUGAGGAUGAGGAUGAAGAGGAGGAAGAGGGGGAGGAGGAGGAGGUUGAACAAACUGAGACCCGAACAGAAGGAGACGAGGUGAUCAAGAAUAAAGAAGCCGAAGCUAAGAAGCCCCUUCAGAUGAUUGGGGUCCAGCUCUUGAAAGAUUCCGAUGAAGCAAGCUCAACAAAGAAACGGGGGAGGAGGACAACUCGAGUAGUCGAGAAUGAUGAUGACGAGGAUUGGUUCCCGGAGGAUCCAUUUGAAGCUUUCAAAGAAAUGAGGGAAAGGAAAGUAUUUGAUGUCUCUGACAUGUACACGAUAGCAGAUGUUUGGGGUUGGACAUGGGAGAAAGACCUAAAGAACAAAGCUCCUCGGAAAUGGUCACAAGAAUGGGAAGUCGAGUUAGCAAUGGAACUCAUGACAAAGGUGAUUGAAUUGGGUGGAAUACCUACCAUCGGUGAUUGUGCGAUGAUCUUACGUUCUGCGAUAAGGGCUCCGAUGCCUUCAGCUUUCUUGAAGAUCUUGCAGAACACACACAGUCUCGGCUACUCUUUUGGCAGCCCACUGUAUGACGAGAUCAUAUCAUUGUGCCUUGAUCUUGGAGAACUGGAUGCAGCCCUGGCCAUAGUUGCAGACAUGGAAACGACGGGGAUCACCGUCCAUGGCGAAACCCUAGACAAGGUCAUCUCUGCGAGACAGUCCAACGAGAAACCCCCCUCCGAACCCCAACCACCUCAGGAGGAGCUGUAAGUUUUCAGUUUUGUCUCUCUAAUUCUCUCACAUCUUCCUCUUCUUCUUCUUCGUCAUGAAAGGAGCUAUAUAUAUACACAUAUAUGCGUGUCAUAGUUAGUAGCAGGAGUGUUUGGUCCCUCGGAUAAUCAGUUAUGACAGUUGAUCAGUGUAGGCCUUUGUGUAUCUUAACAAUCAUGCCAGAUCGAGACAAGCGGAUGUUCUUGAAAUAAAAAUAUCCUUCUUUUCUUCU